AACAUAAAUAUUGCGCAAUUGUUUUUCGGUCGAGCAUUUUUAGCUUUCUUUCCUUUGAAAACUAUUUUUUUCUCCGUUUUGGCACAUGUAUUGAUUGAUGUUGAUGUGGUUGGUCAGUGAUUGAAAGCGCGUGCAUACAAAAUUCAACGAACGACCAACUGAUGAAUAAACGGUAGCACGACACACGACGGGCAUACACAUUACACAUACACACAUACUCACGAUAUGAAACGACAAUGAGACGAUGACGUCGUUGAACAGUUUAUGUGCGGUGUGCUGGUAUGCGUGUGUGUACGAUACGCCACGUUGGCUACGACGAUCUCAGCUGUUUCACGACAAACAAUCAAAUUUUACUAAUUCGAUUUUUCCCAAAUAAAUUGAAGAUGAAAGACGAAAUGAAAGGAGAAAAAAUGUGUGCGUUGUUGCGCAAAUUCAUCACUGUCGUAUUGUCUAAAUGUUUUGAUUAUUCAAGCGGCGAACGGGUUUUGAAAUCAAAACAAACACUGUUAUCGAAUUGUCGGGCAGACGAAUUGCACGCGCUCUUGCUCAUCUCUUUUGAUUCGCUCUGGUCUCUUUUUCUCGUCUCUUUCUAGUGGUUCAAUGUGAGGAAGAGGUUUUGACUAAACCAUUCUGUUUAGUAUAGGUCCUAUGCUGCAAUAGGAAAUAAGUUUCAGCUGAAAUUUCAAGAGAAUUCAUUUAAAAUAGAUAAAAGGGCCUCAUUAAGAGCGUUAUUUUAGCUAAUUUCAUUAAAUUAACCCAAUAAUUGAUGUCAUUGUAUUUAAACUCGCACUCCUCCGAUCGAUACAUAUCAACGCACCGACAUUGAUGACGUCAAAGAAUCGAGGGAAAAUGUUCGCUCUAGAGUGUAUGGCUUUGGGGUUGAGCUCGUCUUUGCACAAAUAACAAACGGAUGAACGAACUUCAGAUCGUAGAAUCGAGAUGAAUUUCAAAGAGUUCUAUUUAUAUCAAUGCAAAAAAAAGUAUAUUGAUUUCCAUCACAAUGUUCAUUCGGGCCCAUUGAUAACGGCGGAAUGGCUUUCGGAGAAUCGGUUUCCUUUUGACAGAAAAGGUCAUAUGAAUUUGAUUACGUUUCAGUCAUCAUUACUUUUCGGUAAAAAUGGAUUGACAGCGAAUUUGUAGUCAUGGAAAUUCGGUGUUGCGAAGCGAAACAAAAGCUGCAAAAUAUGAAUCGAGUUGGCUGUCGAUGAAUUAUCCGCCCUGUGCGAGCGAAGGAAAAUUGGAGAGAAAGUGGUACACAGCAUCCGACUCUCUGUUGACUAUGAUUUUUAAAUAAUUUCAUUAACAUUAUUUACUACACACAGCUUGAUACAGCCGAAAAAACGUAUUGACGUCAGCAACAGCCGUAAGUCGACGAUGUAUACAUUUUUUUUUUCAUUUGGUACGGUCUCCGACUACUCGAAUCGAACGAAAGAGUGUAUUACAAAAGCGUAAUUAAAUUAUAUGUUGGGGAAAUUUGUUGGGCGGCCAAUAUGUGCGAUUGUGUAUAUUAUGACGGUGAGUGUGUGAAAAAUGGUGUAUGAUGCGAUGAAAGAUAGAUUUACACCGCAUCAUCUUGUUGUGUCACACCAUAUGCUAUAUGAUUUGUGACACAUUUACAAUUGUAGUCAGCCGAAAAGAUAACAUCGCACGUUUUGAGUUUUUCCAAGAAAUUACCGUCACUGAAAAUAAAAAAAACAACAACAGCGAUAUGCUUGAAAUCGCUACCUCAGAAAUUUCGCGCGAGAAAAAAAAUGUAGCAUAAGAAAAUUUAUUAAGGAUGAAAGAAAAGAUUGAGUUCUAUUAUAAUCAGAUAUGACGGUAGCGUUGUUUUUUUCCUCCUGUUCUCCAAUGCGAAAAAAAGAAUUUUUCGAGAAUGACUAAGCCAAAUGGUACAAGCAUAUGAAACGAAGCCGGCAGCCACUCUGUCUUCAGCCCCAUAGUAAAUUGUACAGUAAAACCUGUCAAUAACGGAAUCCCGUGGGAAAUGUUUUUUUCCACUAUUGGCAAGAAUUCCAGUAUUCACAGGAUCCGUUAUUCAGAGGUUUUUGAGUCGAUUCAAACAAAAUUUUCCAUUAUUGAGGGUAAAAAGAAACAAAACAUACAUUUUUAUGGGUAUUCAAUUAUUAUCAAAUCAAGUGAUAUAAUGAACGUGAAGAGGAAAUAAUGAAAUAAAAGUAUUUUUUUACUAAAUGAAUGAAGGAAAAACGAAAGUGAAAAAACAGCGAAAUUCACUGAGUGAAUGACAAACAUCACUUUCUAAAAUUAUCAAGCAGUCUGAACAAUGACUCAAAAUGAGAAGGUAAAUGAUACUCAUUUUUUACACUAUCAAUUUGGCAGCAAUGAAUUCUGCAUUUCAUGAAACAAAACAAUGAUUACCAAACUUAAUGUAAAUGCACUGAUCAAGUGAAUAUGUUUUUACUGGGAGCUUCAAAAAUUGGUUUGCUUGAAUAAAUAAGCAAUGAUUUUGGCAGACAAAAAUGAAAAAUAAUACUGAAAUGAAGGUAAUGUAAAUUGUACUGCACAAUUUUUAUGAUGAUCAGUGGUUUUGAUAAAGGAAAAAAUUUAGUUUUAUAUGAAAAAGAGAUGAAUAAAAGACGAAAAAAAAAUUUCGUGAAGAAAUUUUUUUCCACUAUUCGGAGUUUCGGUUUUCCGUUAUUAACAGGUAAAUUUGUAUGGGAGAGCUCAACGGCCAAAUUUUUUUUCCACUAUUGACACGAUUUCCACUAUUCCCAGGUUCCGUUAUUGACAGGUUUUACUGUACUUUCAAUUUGUUUUCCGUUCGAGCGAAUCGAAAAUAAACAAUAUCAUAUAGAAAUUAAAACACGCUGUUAAUUGGUUUCAAAGACAAAAACAACAGCACACCAACCCACAGAGGAGUAAAUGGUUAUGAAAUAUUGGCAUUGAUGCUAAUUUUUGGCUCGCUGAAUACAUAAAGUUCCAUUUCACCUUUUGAUGUUGUCUCAACAUGUAAUAUAUGGAACACGUGUACCGAAAUUUUAAUUGCUUCCGAUGUUCUCUCCCUCUCUCUCUCUCUCUCUCUCUUCCUCACCAACUCCUGAAAAAUGGAAUCAAUUCUUGAUGAACAACUUUGUACCGAGACAAUGCUUCUCAUUUCCUUUCGGUUUCGUUUCACUCGCAUAACGAUAUUGUUUACAGUAAUUUAAUUUGCAGGUACUUCAAUUUUCUGUUUCCUAUGAGUGGGAUUUUUUUGAUAUGGCAUACACAAAUCAGCCAUCUAAAAGGCUUCCCAUGCACCGUUUCGAAUACAAAACGCUUUUCAUGCACAUAAUUCUAUGUUUAGAACAAAUACGUAUUCGUUUUCAUUCAAUUUGAUUUGAUGUUCAAUUUUUUCAAUUAAUCAUGAGUUUAUACCGUUGAAUGCAUAUUCAUUCAUUUAAACCAAAUUGAAUCAAAAUUCGUGAAAACGCCCUCGAAAAUUCCCUUCAUAAUGUGAACAGUAAUGAUUUGCUUGGAACAUUGGUUCAUUCAACAAAUUAUAACCAUCAUUCAAAUUGUGAAUGAAUUCCACAUGGAUUCACCACAAAAAUUAAUCAUACCACGUAUAUCCAAAAAUAGCCUCUAUUUGCGCUCAUUGACGUUAACGUCGACUAGGAAGUGAAAACAGUGCACUUGAAUAAAAUGCAUUUUGUGGCUAAUGCACACGUCGAUGGAAAAUAGUGGUUAGCUUAUGAACAGGUUCUGCAUAACAUGUAACCAUCGCAGGUAACGCACUAUCAUUGUGGCUUCGAGCAAACGAGUUUAUUGCACCAAACUGCGAUAAUGUGAGGCUUAGCUCACAUUGUGAGCCCAUAAAUAACUGUGCAAUGCACACGUUCGAACAAUCAAUUAUAGUCGAAAUUUGGAGCUGAACGGAUCAACAUGCAGUUGCAUUUGUUAUUGUUAUCGACGCUAUUGGGAUUGUCGACGCAAUCUCUCAUGGUGCCAAAAAAUGUGCCAAAUGCAGCGUUAUACCGAACUAUUCUAUCAGAUCCAUCGAAUUGGUAUGCGGAUUUAGCACCAACAUAUCCUGUUGCAAAAAUUGGUGCAUUUUCCCGUUCGGCAGUUGAGCAACGCCCUCAGCUAAUUCUUUCUGAUCCAAGCAGUUUGUAUUCGAGUUUCUGGCCAAGCGAACGCUUGACCGUGUCAACAUAUGGUGCAUUUUCUCGUGCAGCAGUUGAAAGUCGGCCUUCACCUCAAUUGGUCCUCACCAAUCCAGCCAAUUGGUUUUCCGCCUUGACACCGUCCCAAGGUUUUACACUACCAAUUUUCCGACCUGUUCCUAGCUUUUUGUCGAACAACUGGAACAUUCAACCAUCUGUAGCAGUUGCAACCUCUACACCAACAAUCACAGAAACUGUUCCAACGACCACAGAAAGCGUUGUUUUGUCUACAACAGCAGCACCAUUGAUAGAAACGGCUUCAUUAUCAGAGGAAGUUCCACUGUCAACAAACGCACCGUUAGUUCCAUCGGCUCCUGUAGAAGUUCCAACAACAGUUGCACCAAUCGAUGAACCAGUCACGCCUGAGUUUCGUUUGCCAGUCUCUACUCGACCACCAGGCGUACCACAUCACUUCACAGACGACGACAAUUACAUUCGAUACCGAAUUUCCGAUGGAGUUCAUACGAUCAUGUCCAAUCGUCAAUCAUUCGAAAUCAGAUACACGAGACCAAAUUCCGGAUCGUUUUUGACAUCAGAGAAAGUUUUAGAUGAUAUUGCAAUUGAAUCAAAGGCAGUGCCGUUCGAAGAUGCAACCAAAUUAGUAACACCUGUUGACACACCAGUUGUAACGCCCGUUCAAGAGACAGUAGCUCAUUUCGUUCCACCACUUAUCCGCGGCUCAAACGAUGCAGCCCUUCAUACAGUUGCCAAAGUGCCAUUGAAUGAUAUCACAGUUUUAGCACUUCCUCAAACUGAACCACAACCAUUUUUGGUAUCGCGAAUUCAAAGCCUUCCAUUUGAAGGAAAUUAUGCUCGCACCUUCGCUACCGUUGUAUAA